AUGAGGACGGAAAGAAGAAGAGUCCUCCCAGAGGCGAUGUUGGUGGAGAUCAUUGCAAGAUUACCGUUGAGAAGCAUCGCGAGAUUCAAGUCAGUAUGCAAAACAUGGAAAUCGUUAAUAGAAUCUCCGUAUUUCCGCCGUCUCUUCAUCUCCCUUCACCAAAACUCCUCUGCCUCCUGGUCACUCAUGUUCCGAAUUCAUCCCAUCACAGAAGCUAUUGGCUUCCAUGGAUGCGAGACAUGGGAUCUUCCCAAAUCUCUAGCUUCUUACAUCUUGCCUUUUCAACGGUAUCUAAAUCUCCCUGAUUCUCACGACUGCUACUAUGUAGCUGCUUCCAAUGGAUUGGUCUUGAUCGAGAUCUUUGUUCCCCGCACUGAUAACAUGCCUUACACUCGUAAAUCCUUUGUUGGUAAUCCAGUUUUACAAGAAUGGUUUGAAAUCCCUCCGCCUCCAGAGCCAUGCGAGGCCACUGGUUUGGUAACGCGUGUGGAGGAUGACGGCGUCGUUUCGAGCUUCAAAGUGGUUAGGACUUGUCAAAGCAGAGACAGAGAAGUGAAUGUGUGGAGAGUGUGUGUGUAUUCGUCUGUUACAGGGAAAUGGACUUUCAAGCGACUUGUCUCCUCUCAUCAUCAUCAUGUUAGUCUUAAGUUUGCUGUUUCUCUCCCUUGCAUGAAUCUCAACGGGAUGAUUUAUGUGUGGGUAAGAGAUUUGGAUCCUACUCAACCUGGAGUCCUUGUUUCUCAUGACUUCUAUGGCCCUGAAGCUGAUUAUCAAUGUCCGGAUAUUAUAUCUCUCCCUGUUCCUGUCCUGAAUAACAAAUUCGUUCGGAGAUGCUUGACUACUUCAGGAGGACAUGUUUUCCUCGUUCAAGUACUAGGUCAGACAUUGAAGCUUUGGAAGCUGGAUAACAACUCUGGGAGUAGUGAAUGGUGGCAAUUGUCAGGGGAAGAAAUCAACUUGGAGUGUGUUGAUUGUUGUCCCAUGGCAAUGAAUCCGUUUGAUUCUGAUAUCGUCUAUCUAUGGAGUCGACAACACGGUUGUUUGGUAUCUGUUAACUUGCGGACAAAAGAGUCAGAGAUUUGUGGUAGCGUGGAAGGUUGCUGUGUCGUAAACACUCACAGUUCUAAGGAGUAUAUGGAAGGUGGUCGCGAUAUAACCUCGCUCACCAUGUUAUCCCAAUUUGUGCUUCCAAAGUGGAUGGACAAAAUUUGA